ACUACUAUUCCUCAAUGUUUCAAUAUUUUUAAUCUUGUGUGUUGUUAUUCUGAGAAAAUAUUUUAUUUCUUUUUUGUGUCAAUUUCAAAACAUAGUCAUGGUUCUGUUACUUGUGAUUUUGGCUAGUUUUUUAAUAGAUUGUUCUAGAGCAACUGGGCUUGAGAAAUUUGAUCAUCCCAUUAAAGUUAAUGGCAAUUUAAAAUUUUUGGUUGUUGGUGAUUGGGGACGUAAAGGUGAUUAUAAUCAAUCUGCUGUUGCUCUUCAGAUGGGUAAAAUUGGAGAGGAACUAGACAUAGAUUUUGUAGUUUCAACAGGUGACAAUUUUUAUACUAAUGGGCUAACAGGGGAGCAUGAUCCAAAUUUUCUGGAGUCUUUCACCAAUGUUUAUAAAGCAAAGAGCUUGCAAAACCAAUGGUAUACAGUAUUGGGUAACCAUGAUUACAGGGGAGAUGUAGAGGCUCAACUUAGUCCUUACCUUAGGAAAAUUGACAGCAGAUGGAUUUGUUUGCGUUCUUUUAUAAUCAAUGCAGAAUUUGCUGAAAUAUUCAUGGUGGACACAACCCCAUUUGUGAAAGAGUACUUCGUGGAAACGAAACAUACGUAUGAUUGGCGCAAUGUGAUGCCUCAAAAGACAUAUACAGAAAACGUGUUAAAAGAUCUAGAGAAUGCGUUAAGUGAAUCAAGAGCAAAAUGGAAAAUAGUAGUGGGUCAUCAUGCCAUUAGAAGUGUGGGACACCAUGGUGACACUAAUGAACUUGUUGAACGUCUUCUUCCUAUCCUUAGGGCAUACGAUGUAGAUCUAUACAUGAACGGCCAUGAUCAUUGCCUUGAGCACAUAAGUGAUACCGAAAGCCCCAUCCAAUUUUUGACUAGUGGGGCAGGAUCAAAGGCAUGGAGAGGAGACGUGAAAGGGUUGAACAGUGAAGAUGUGAAAUUCUUCUAUGAUGGACAAGGUUUCAUGUCUGUCCAAUUGACACCAACACAUGUAGAGAUAGAAUACUAUGAUGUUUUUGGCAAAGUUGUACAUAAAUGGAGUAGGACUAAGCAACUGCAUCACACUGCUAUUUAGAUUUUUUGAGAAAUGCGCAGAGCGUUUGUAGAUUAGAGUAUUUUUAAGCGUAGCUACUAUUGUAAUAUAUGAGGAAUUCGCCCAUACUCUCGACGAAUGUAGUGAUCCUAAAAGGUGAAAAUAGUGUAUCGAAUUUAGUACAAUUUUUGAGAAUCUCAUUUUGUUGUAUUGAAAUUUUUUUCUCUCUUUUACAGAUA